AUGGCCCCUCGCGUUUCCUCCAAGACCUACAAGGUCCCCCGUCGCCCCUUCGAGUCGGCCCGUCUUGAUGCUGAACUGAAGACUGUCGGCGAGUUCGGCCUGCGCAACAAGCGCGAGGUGUGGCGCGUCCAGCUCACCCUGUCCAAGAUCCGUCGUGCUGCUCGUGAGCUCCUCACUCUCGACGAGAAGGACCCCAAGCGUCUCUUCGAAGGCAAUGCCCUCAUUCGCCGUCUUGUCCGCAUCGGUGUGCUCGAUGAGUCCCGCAUGAAGCUCGAUUACGUCCUUGCCCUCAAGGCCGAUGAUUUCCUCGAGCGCCGUCUCCAGACCUGUGUCUACAAGCUCGGUCUCGCCAAGUCUAUCCACCACGCUCGUGUCCUCAUCAAGCAGCGUCACAUCCGUGUCGGAAAGCAGAUCGUCAACGUUCCCUCGUUCAUGGUCCGUCUCGACUCCCAGAAGCACAUCGACUUCUCUCUCACCUCUCCCUUCGGUGGUGGCCGUCCCGGCCGUGUUCGCCGCAAGAAGGCCGCUGCCGCCGCCGGUGGUGAGGAGGCCGAGGAGGAGGAUGAGGAGUAA